GUUGCUGCGAUCAACGCCGCUAGGAGAGUUGCGAAUAUCAACGCGGCCUCUUCGAUUUCCUGUUUCAGUUCGCAGUCGCAGACGCAGAGUGGGAAUGAUCCUCCGCUUGACAUCGAUUUCUCCAACGAAGAAUCCAAAAAGCGCUUGUUCAACAGGUUAUUGUAUAGAAGCAAGCAGCGAGGGUUCCUCGAACUCGACUUGGUUCUCGGUAAAUGGGUGGAGGAAAAUAUCCACUCCUUGGAUCAGAAUCGCGUUCAGGUCCUCGACGUGGAAAAUCCAGAUUUAUGGAAGUGGAUAUCAGGGCAGGAGCAAGCUCCAGAGACAAUAAACUCAAACCCAGUCUUUGCUGCAGUGCGGGAAAGAGUAAUGAAAAAUCUUGAUAGUCACUCUGCCCCUGAAACAAGAGCAACUCCUGGCCAACCAUGGGUAAGAGUCCGCUGGGAUACCAAGAAAGGUCCCAUGACUGGGAAUCAGUAGUUUGGGAAUAAAUGACAUUAUCAUUUGUAACAAUGAAUGAAAUCUUGUCCAGCAUUUUCAUUACUAUAAAUAAGGGCUGAUAACUCCAACUUAAAGGUUUGUAAUAGCUAUUGGAGAGAUCAGUGAAAGGGAUCAAAACUAGAUCAAAGUGAGUUAUGAACUAUUGCUGCCCGACAUUUGUAUUUGUAGUAUAUAUCAUCUGUUGUGAGAGGUUAUAUAUUAUAAAAUCGAUUAUGUGUUGCAAACACAUAACCAAACUGUAUAGAUGUUUGAGAUUCAUUUGAAGAAUGGAUUAAGAAGUUAGAGAUAGAAA